AUGGAUCACCAACGGAAAAAUCAUGAUCAAUGCGAGAAAGCUCUUCAUCCAUAUACGGUCCGUUUUCCUCCGAGUCGACAACAAGUUCAACCCAUAGUCUACAACCGCUGUGAUCGUUAUAAGCCACCAAAGUUCUCUGCGAGGUAUACCCAACAUCCAUCACGGCAUCAACAUCGUAGUUUUCCAUGCCCCUACAAACAAGAACCUGGAUCAACAGAAGACUUGCAGCGUGAAGGAAAGGGUGCAGAGAAUUUAGAUCAAGAACUAAACUUGACUUUGGAUGACCCCAGCAAUGUGAAUGAAGAACCCUUGUUAUCGGAACUAGCCAGCAAUAAAAUGAUCACAGAUAAGGAUUUUGAUUGCCGUUCAGCCAUGUCAAUUGGUGAUACACGUGAACUAGACGAAAUCCAAGAAGACGAAAUCAAAUGGGAUGACCGGUCCGAUUUGGACAUCAAUGCAGCUCCCUAUCAGUUUCACCAAGGACAAGAUUUGACCUCCGAGGCUAUUCCAGAGAAUUGUAUUGGCCAUUUUUUCUCUGAAACCAAUCCAACCCAACGGUCUGAACCAGAUUUUGACUUGAAAAACUAUAGCGCUAAAGAUGUCGACAACUGGGCCAGCACCCUCAGCUUUAAUGGUGUUUUCGAUGAUGGUGGAUACAACAAUUGUGGUUUUGACAAUGGGAGAUCUGAUGAUGAUGGAUUUGACAAUGGCGGCUUUGACAAUGGCGGCUUUGACAAUGGCGGCUUUGACAAUGGCGGCUUUGACAAUGGCGGCUUUGACAAUGGCGGCUUUGAAGAUGGCGGCUUUGAUGGUGGUUUUGAUGAUGGCUAUGGUUCCCCUUAUUAUUAG